UCAAUACUGCAAGCGCCAGACAGCCCUAGACUUAUACGGCGCCUCUCCCAUGCUGCCAGUGGCUGUCAAGACAUGCUGUUCCUUCUCGCCACCGUCUCUGCCCACCUCCGCAGCACAACUGACGACUGUCGCGACAUAAACGACUGUCGCCGGCUAUUCGACAUCAUCUGGGGCUGCUUGGUCACCGUCUUCUUGUGUAUCUGGGUGUCUGUGCACCCCAAUGUCCCGCCACCAACGUCUGCGCGACCUAACAAGGGAGCUGGGCUAUGGAGCCGUGUGAAGUGGACUCUGCUUGACGGCAAUAGACCGUUAUUGCACCGAUUCAAGCUCAUGGUCGUCGCUCUUAUUGCGCCGGAGCUCAUCAUUGGACUGGCCGGGAAGCAGGCAAUGAUGGCUCAUGCUUUCGCUCACGAAUACGAUCUAUCUUUUACGCACGGGUUUUUUAUUGUCAUGGGCGGCUUCGUCGACGCAGACGGCCACCCCAUCGUCACGAGAAAGCAAAUCAUGGCCGGAAAUGUAUUACGAGAGAUCCAAGCGGUGCUCGAAUCGGAAAUCGAGGACAAAAGCAAGGGCGAUGCCUUCUCAAAAGGCCUCGCACUUUGUCAAGGCCUCUGGUUCAUCGCCCAAUGCGUCGCCCGGAGAGCACAGCAUCUCCCCCUCGCUGAGCUCGAAGUUGCAACGCUAGCGUUCGCUAUGAUCAACGCUCUCACCUGGGUACUGUGGCUGCCAAAACCACUCGAUGUGCGGACCCCGUUCAAGCUGUCUGUAACAUCUGUCCCCGCCAGCGAGAGAAACUCAUUGCCAUAUUCCACUCGCGGCCUAACACUUUUCGAGCGAUUUGAGCUUAUGUUCACAAACCUAUACGCGCUGUACGAGUACGACCCUCUAUCAAAUGUGGCCUUACCGACAUUCUGGUGUGCAGCCUACGAGGACUUUCAAAUCUUCUCUACUGUGCUAUCAAUGGGCAUGGCUGUAUGA